CCCUGCGUGGCCACUCCCUCCAAGCACAAUACGCGUUGGCAUUCCUCCAAAAAGGAGAGCCUGGCCCACCCUGCCAGAAGGACCGAGGCAGUCUUCGGCAGGCAUGGCUUUCUCCAUGGACGACCCUGUGGAGAAGCUCCAGGAUGAGGUCUCCUGUUCCAUCUGCCUGGAGUACCUCCGGGCCCCCGUCACCAUCGACUGUGGCCACAACUUCUGCCAUGCCUGCAUCUCCGAUCACUGCAAGCAGGGAGUGGCAACUGGGGCGGCCCUUUGCCCGCAGUGCAGGGCUGGCUUCCUGCUAAGCAACUGCCGGCCCAACAAGCAGCUGGCCAACAUUGUGGAGGGCAUUGAGCGGCUGGCUCUGCGGCCAAGCCGAGCCCCGGGUGAGGCCUUGUGCGAGAGGCAUGGCAAGAAGCUGCGCCUUUUCUGCCAGGAUGAUGGCGAGCCCAUUUGCCUGGUAUGUGACAAAUCCCGGGAGCAUCGGGCACACACAGUCCUGCCCAUUGAGGAAGCGGCUCACGACUACAAGAUCAAGCUCCAGGAAGCUGUGCAAUUUCUCAGGAAUGUGCUGGAGGAAGCCACAAAACUGGAGGCUCAGGAGGAGAUGAAAACCACUCAGUGGAAGGAGAAAGUAGAGGAACGGCGAAUGCUCAUUGCAUAUGGGUUCGAAAGACGUCGCCGGGCGCUGGACGAAGAGGAGCAGCUGCUUCUGAGGCAGCUUCAGGAUGAAGAGCAGGCUGUGCUGAAACAGUUGCAGAUGAACUUGGCCUUCAUGCUUGGGCAGCGUACGGGACUGAACGAGCUGAUCUCUGAGAUGGAGGACAAAUGUCAGCAGCCAGCCGCCUCCUUGCUUAAGGAUGUGAAAAAAACCUUGACCAGGACUGAGGGGGUGUCGCUGCAGGAACCACAGCCCAUCUCAAUGGAUCUGCAUGACUCGUACAACGUUCCUGGGCUGAUGGACUUACUCCAAAGAUAUCGAACCCCUGUGACCUUUGAUCCCGACACCGCCAAUCCCUACCUGCUCCUGUCAGAGGAUCUGCUUAGAGUCCAGGUGGGAGAUCGAAAGCAGGAUCUGCCCAAGAGCCUGUCCCGCUUCGAGACAUGCACUUGCCUAAUGGGCCGUGAGCAGUUCACAUCUGGGAGGCACUACUGGGAAGUCUGUGUGGAGAGCAAGACCAGCUGGACUCUCGGGGUUUGCCAGGAAACAGUGAGCCGCCAAGGGAUCUUCACACCCUCGCCUGCGAUGGGGUUCUGGACGGUGUGGUUGAGGAAUGGAGAUGAGUAUGCCGCCCUCACUUCCCCUCUCACAGAACUGGUGCUGAAAGAGAAACCUGGGGUGGUUGGCAUCUUCCUGGACUACGACUCCGGGGAGGUCUCCUUCUAUAAUGCCGACAAUGGGUCUCAAAUCUUCACCUUUGCCAACUCCUUCUCGGGAGUCCUCCGGCCUUACUUCUACCCUGGAGUCCAGGCCGGGGGCAAUGAUGCUCCACUCAUCAUCCUACCAGCUGGAUGCCAGGAAAAUCUUUCCCUUUCCACCUUUUCCACCAGUGAUGCAUACAGUUCACAUUACUAAUUAUGGGACUCACUGGGAGUGGAUAGAGACAGAAGUUUCAGACACCGAAGGAUUACUCACAGCCUACAGCAAGGAAAAGAAGAGAAGGCUGCAUCCUGUAAUGUGUCUGAGAUCCAGCUUAGUGCCCAAUUUAUGCCCGCUUGGAUGUUGUUCCAGAAUUAGUUCCUGUUCUUGGAGCAAUUGCCUUCCUUAAACGGUGUGGCUUGGCUCACUUGCUUGGGUUCCCAGGUGCUCUUUAUCCUGUGAGCUCCCUUCUGCAGCACAAUUAAAUGCUUUUCUCUACUUGGGCAUAUAGUCCAGAGCGAUCUGCAGUUUGCAGCUGAUCUCUUUCAGUCUGGUCAAUGGAAGGCCAUGUCUUGUGGCAUGGGAUGGCUAUUUGGUGCUUUCUAAAUGAAUAUCUGAUCAUGAAGGAGAGACAUCUAGUGUCUAAAAACUCCCAUCCUCAGCCAGCUCUUCCUACAAGAUGCUCACAUGUGGGUCCCUAUUCCAUUUUAUAUCCUUCAAAUAGGCCCUGUCCUAUACCUGGGCCCUAGUGAUCCAGUUUGCCCAGGGGUGGGUGGGUGGUUGCGUGGGAAGUUCUUCCUUCAUCCUAUUCUUUUAUCUUCUUGUUGGAUCAUUUUUAUAAAGUCCAGAAAGUUCAGGGCUGAAUCUCCCUUAAGCAUUUUUCCAGCAUGGGAAUGUCUGACUCACUGGUUUGCCCCAUGACUUUAACCCCAAUCUAUCCUCUGCAUACUCUUUUAGUCAUUAUAUCCCCCCGGUUUAUGUAUCAGUCUGCUCUAAACUUGCUCUUCUGCUCUGGGGCAGGGGGACUGGAUUCAGUGGGCUGGUAUGGGGAGAGCACAUGCCCUCCCAAAGCUUCCAGCAGCAGCUCUGAGAAGGAGAUCUUUUCGCUGCUUUCCUGGCUCCCUCUUCCUCUCCUCCAUGGCUUUUCUCUGUCUCUAACUUGUCCAGUGCACUGGAGGGUAAAUGUAGUACUGCUCCCCUUGUCAUACCACCCCAUUGAAAAAAAAAGGAAUGUCUCCUUUGUCCACUACCUCAUGGACCAACUAGCUGAAAAUGAGCCAGAAGGCAUGUCUAUGCAGAAGUAAAAUAUUAAUUUUCACUGGCUUUACUCAGAAAUAAUCCCCACUGAUUUCAACGGUGCCUACUGUUGGGAAGUCAGCAUGGCUGAGGGACUGCCUUUGCUUUCAGGAAUUGCUUUUGGGUGGGUGGAAAUGUGGGUACUCAUCCUGCUGACUUCCCUUUGUGCAAAGUGGGAAGAUGGCCAUAAGCACUACCACAGCCUCCUCCGGUGCCCCCUUCCUCUUCCCUAUGAUUUUAGUGAAGGGACAGAAGGAGCUGUCAGCAUGUUCUUCCUUUCUGAAAUGGUCUCUAUUCCUUCAUGCCUUUGCACUUCUCCUGUGAUUGCGUGUGUGUGUGACACAAGAUCAAGCUUUCAAUACAGUGCAAACGGUGCUGUAUUUAUUAGCAGUUUUCCCAGCAGCAGUAAAUGUAUUUUGCAUAGAGCUUCCUGAUCAAUGGAAGGGUUUCUUGUAUAGAUCUGCCCCAUGUCUAUUAUCAGUAGUUAUGUUGACCAGAAAGAACCAGCAGUUCCUGGGAGAAAAUCCUGUUGCCAUUAUGGUUGACUUACAAACUUCCUGGAAGAAGCAUUUGGUUAGCUGCUGUGACUUGGCUCAUGGGAUUGGCUGGCUACAGUGGGAGCAAACGGCAGAAAAAAGCAGCCACUUCCCGGGUGCAUGACUUGCUUCCAAACAAUGGAUGUGCUCCCAGCUGCACCUCAUUUUCAAGUGCACUGAGUGGCAGCAGGAUGGGAUGCUAGCCCACUCUGGGGGGGGGGGGGCAAGGGCACUUCCCAACAGCCAGAAGUUGCCACUGAUGUACCACACCUGCUGGUAGGAGACACACCUGAAUCUGCAGGAAGAGAUAAUAAACAGGUUCUAGAAUAGAAAUGUUUUCUAUUCUGAUUUUUUCUUAUAGCACCUCACGUAACAUCCCUAAGUAUGGGUACUUUUGGAUUUGGGUUAUUUGAAAUUGCAUGCUUGUGUCAAAGUGUGUGUGUGUGUGUGUGUGU